UCAGGACAAACGCCAUGACUCCGAAAUCACCACUUUCUCGUCAGCACGUGAUUGGGUCGCCACUCCUUUCUCUAGCGAGCAGGAACACAUACACAGAGGGAGGGAGGGAGCGAGCCAGCGAGAGAGAGAGAGAUCGAGAUGGAGAAUCUGCUAUGGAGGAUAUUACCUCUGCUGACUCUGAUCGCGUCCUUUCUCGUUUUCUUCUUAUCUCGGGAUUCUCUCAAGAUGGAGCACAAAUGAUGAAGGAAGCGAAAGUUUGUUUCAUGUUAACUACUAGUGAACCGUCCCAUGGCGAAUGCAGCCUUUUUCCUUACAACCAUUACUUGAUAACCAGCAAGCGGAUUGUGACACCACAGGGGUUCAUUUCUGGUGCAGUUGAGGUCAGAGAAGGGAAUAUCAUAUCAAUAUUUAAGGAAGAGAAUUGGGACGGGAAAUCAAAUGGGAGACAAGUCAUUGACUUUGGGGAAGCUGUUGUGAUGCCUGGUUUGAUUGAUGUGCACGCUCAUCUUGAUGAUCCAGGAAGAUCUGAAUGGGAAGGGUUUCCUUCAGGAACAAGAGCAGCUGCUGCAGGUGGCAUCACAACAUUAAUUGAUAUGCCUCUGAACAGUUUUCCUUCAACUGUUUCUUCAGAAACUUUAAAGCUCAAGGUUGACGCUGCAAGAGAGAGAAUAUAUGUUGAUGUCGGUUUUUGGGGUGGUCUUGUUCCUGAAAAUGCAUUUAAUGCAAGUGCUCUGGAAGAGCUCCUAGAAAGUGGUGUUCUUGGUUUGAAGUCCUUUAUGUGUCCUUCAGGAAUCAAUGACUUUCCUAUGACAAAUGCCACUCACAUAAAGGAAGGUCUCUCUAUUUUGGCAAAAUACAGAAGACCCUUACUUGUACAUGCAGAGAUUCAGGAAGACUCAGAAGUUCAAGAUGUUCGAGACGAUCCACAUGCCUAUUUAACCUAUCUUAAGACAAGGCCACCUUCCUGGGAGGAGGCUGCUAUUAGAGAACUUUUGACUGUAACAAGGGACACAAGGGCUGGUGGCUCCUCAGAAGGAGCUCAUCUUCAUGUUGUUCAUUUAUCUGAUGCGAGUUCUUCCUUGGAUCUUAUAAAGGGAGCAAAAGGAAAUGGUGACAGCAUCACUGUUGAAACUUGCCCUCAUUAUUUGGCUUUCUCAGCAGAAGAGAUUCAGGAUGGAGAUACUCGAUUCAAGUGUGCUCCACCCAUACGUGAUGCAUCCAAUAAAGAGAAAUUAUGGGAGGCUUUAAUGGAAGGACAAAUUGAUAUGCUUAGUUCUGAUCAUUCACCAACAGUACCAGAACUUAAACUCCUUGAUGAUGGGAACUUCUUGAAGGCUUGGGGUGGCAUAUCAUCUUUGCAGUUUGUUCUUCCUGUGACAUGGUCGUCUGGGCAAAAAUAUGGGGUAACUUUGGAGAAGUUAGCCUUAUGGUGGAGUGAGAGACCUGCUAAACUUGCUGGACUAGGUUCAAAGGGAGCUAUAGCAAUCGGCAAACAUGCAGAUAUUGUUGUGUGGGAACCUGACGAAGAGUUUGACCUUAAUGAUGAUCAUCCUAUGCAUUCUAAAAAUCCUAGCAUCUCGGCCUACCUGGGAAGAAGACUGUCUGGAAAAGUGCUAGCAACUUUCGUAAGAGGAAACCUUGUCUACAAAGAGGGAAACCAUGCUCCAGCUGCUUGUGGCGCUACAAUCCUAGCUACAUAAGUUGACAAAUACUGUUUUUUGUCCAAGCAAUAUCACAGAAAACAUGACUGAAAUUCAAACUCCUGCGUUUGUUCCUGUUAAUGAUUCUGAACCAUAAUGCAAGUUCUUCACUUCUUCUGAUGAAGCUAGUGGAUAAAGACUGUAGAGCUUUCAAAAGCAUGUUAAUUAGUAAGUUGCUACCACGACAUCAUCCUGGUGUACUUGUACAUAGAAUCUGUGUUGAGUAACUUUUUAGCCUUUAUCUGAUCAUCCCACGGACAGGUUACAGAAGUACAAAAACUUUGUUAUUACGGCAACAUGCUAAGACCCAAGUAUUUAUUUACCAAAAGUGUGCCUAGUGCAUUUAAAUAAAUUUUAAUGUUCUAAACCACAUUUUUGUUUCAUUUUGUAAAUAUUUAUUCCUUUUAUUAUGCAUACUUGUCGAGUUGCAACUACAAAACCUAUGUUAAGCAGUUAUUAA